CUUAUCCAUAAUUUUGUUGCCUUUCAGAUUCUAUCUGGGUGCUGACAUCCAGCCACUUCUCUGACGAUGAAGUACAUCCUGGUCACCGGUGGGGUCAUCUCAGGCAUUGGUAAAGGGAUCAUCGCCAGCAGCAUUGGGACGAUUCUAAAAUCAUGUGGACUCCGAGUUACUGCCAUCAAAAUCGACCCCUAUAUUAACAUCGAUGCGGGCACUUUUUCACCUUAUGAACAUGGUGAAGUCUUCGUCUUAAAUGAUGGUGGAGAAGUUGAUUUGGACCUUGGAAAUUAUGAAAGAUUUUUGGAUAUUAGUCUUUAUAAAGACAACAACAUCACCACCGGGAAGAUAUAUCAGCAUGUGAUCAAUAAAGAGAGGCAUGGCGAUUACCUGGGGAAAACAGUGCAAGUUGUCCCUCACAUUACUGAUGCUGUCCAGGAGUGGGUUAUGAAUCAAGCCAAGGUGCCAGUGGAUGGUAAUAAGGAGCCCCAAAUAUGCGUUAUUGAGCUGGGAGGCACCAUUGGAGACAUCGAAGGAAUGCCAUUUGUGGAAGCGUUUAGACAAUUCCAGUUUAAGGCGAGAAGAGAGAAUUUCUGUAAUAUCCACGUUAGCCUUGUCCCACAGCUCGAAGCUACCGGAGAACAAAAAACCAAACCCACCCAAAACAGUGUUCGUGCACUGAGGGGGUUAGGCCUGUCUCCAGAUCUGAUUGUCUGCCGAAGUUCAACACCCAUCGAGAUGGCCGUGAAGGAGAAGAUUUCUAUGUUUUGUCACGUGAACCCUGAACAGGUCAUAUGUAUCCAUGAUGUUUCUUCUACAUACCGAGUUCCUGUGCUUUUGGAGGAACAAGGCAUUGUGAAACAUUUUAAGGAGAGAUUGCACCUGCCCAUUCGUGAUUCUUCAAGUAAUUUGCUUUUCAAGUGGAGAAAUAUGGCUGAGAGGUAUGAAAGGCUACAGAAAACAUGCUCCAUUGCCCUGGUUGGCAAAUAUACCAAGCUGAGAGAUUGCUACGCCUCUGUGUUCAAAGCCCUGGAACACUCAGCCCUGGCCAUCAACCACAAGCUGAAUCUGAUGUACAUAGACUCCAUUGAUCUGGAGGCGAUCACUGAAGCCGAGGACCCUGUGAGAUACCAUGAAGCUUGGCAGAAGCUAUGCAAAGCUGAUGGUAUUCUUGUGCCUGGAGGCUUCGGAGUCAGAGGAACAGUGGGAAAACUGCAGGCAAUUUCUUGGGCAAGGACAAAGAAGAUUCCUUUUCUGGGAGUUUGUCUUGGGAUGCAACUAGCAGUGAUUGAGUUUGCAAGAAACUGCCUUAACUUGAAAGAUGCUGAUUCCACCGAAUUUAGGCCAGAUACCCCAAUUCCUCUGGUGAUUGAUAUGCCCGAACACAACCCUGGCGAUUUGGGAGGAACAAUGAGACUGGGACUAAGAAGAACUGUUUUCAAAACUGAAAAUUCAGUACUAAGGAAACUUUAUGGUGGUGUUCCUUUUAUAGAAGAGAGACACAGACAUCGGUACGAGGUAAACCCUAACAUGAUCAACGAAUUUGAGGAGAAUGACUUAAAAUUUGUAGGUCAGGAUGUUGAUGGAGAGAGGAUGGAAAUCAUUGAACUGGCAAAUCAUCCCUAUUUUGUUGGUGUCCAGUUCCAUCCUGAGUUUACUUCUAGGCCGAUGAAGCCUUCCCCUCCGUACCUGGGGCUCUUACUUGCGGCAACUGGGAACCUGAAUGCCUACUUGCAGCAGGGUUGCAGACUGUCUCCCAGACUGCAUCGUUAUCCAUUCAGUUGCUCAUGUUAGCAGCCUAGGAUACAAGAAAAGUUCUGGAUUGGGAAGAGAGGAGCAUUUGUCCAGUGUGAGAUCUAUUGAGAAUGAGGUGAGUCUGGGAUAAUCAGAGAGAUGAGGAGACUGUUGGCUGUACAGAUCUAGAGUGAAGCCAUUUUGGUUGUUAAUUUUCCCACCCGAGCUCCUGUAAGUUUCAUGAGUGGGGCUAAUGACAAAUGUUACUGGUUUCUUAGGGUCCUCUCCACUAAAGUGUCCUUAUGAUGUAACCCUCGUGAAGUUACUCUGGGUUCUGAAUGAAGACUGGCCCUAUUUGCUUUCAUAUGUAACUCUGUGUUAUUAAAUGUCAAUCAAGGUUCUCUGCGUGAAAUUCCAGGCAGGUUUUUAUUGCUUCAGAGAAGUUCUAUGACCAACGAGCAUUGGCAGGUCCUGUUUUUCAGUUUCAGCUUGUUUUGGUUCACCAUUUGUAAAGAUUCUCCUGAAAAAGGAAUUUCUGUGUUUGUGUAAAUACACUUGAGUCAUCAUAUCUUGUGCAAAUUGUAUUGAUUAAUGGUCUCUUGUUUGCUUCCUUUUGCUUAUUGUAUUUAUAGCUCACAUUACUUAUAAUUGUUGGACAACAUAAUAUGGACCAGAUGGCUUCAUUAUUCUGAGUUUCACAUUUUGAAUUUUAAACGUUGUGUUGGAUUGCCUGUGGCCAGCUGUGUCCUGGAGGAGAUGAUGAGGCCAGACCAUAGUUCAAAGAUCUUGGGCCAGAUACCAUGGACAUUAAGUGUUGUUGAGGUUAUUAGCAUUUGAGGUGUCCUCCGGUUCCCUGCUGUGGUUUCACUUGGAAGUUCUGACAGGAGAGCCAGGGAGAAAGAAUGAGGAUGGGGCGGGAGAGAGAGAGAGAGAGCAUUGAAGACCUUCUGAUCAUGUGAAUGUCGUAUGAUUGCAUUGUAUUUGAAAAAGUUUUUCACCCAUAAGCUCAUAGAACUUAUUAUACUUUAGACAUUUUAAGUAUCACUAAUAAUAUUUAAAAAUAAGAGUAUCAAUCAGGGUCAGCAGGAAACAGGUGUCAUUCUCAAACAGGAUAAUAGAAAAUGAUUACCUAAGAAACUGUUUAUAAUGAUAUGGGUUCAGGAAAACAAGGUAAAGUGAAGUAACAUUCUAGACUUGUAUGGGCAAGGGGAAGGAGUGGUUACUAGGACCCAGAGAGAGUAGCUGUAGCUACAGGAAAAGGUGACUGGAUCACAGGGUGCCAAGACAUUUGGCCAAACAUUAUUCUUGGUGCAUUUGUGAGAAUGUGUUGUCUGGAUGAGAUGAACAUUUGUACUGGUAGACUGAGUGAAGCAGAAUCCCUCCCUAAUGUGGGUGGACCUCAUCUAAUUAAUGAAAGAUCCAAAGAGAACAAAAACACUGGGUAAGAGGGUAGUCCUCCUGCUUGACUGCAUGAGUUGGGACACUAGUCUUUUCUGGCCUUUGCAUUUGUACUGAAACAUAGGCUCUUCUUGGAUCUCAAGACUGUGGCCUUUCAAGUUGGAAUUUAUACUAUUGGCUCUCCUUGUUCUCUGGCCUUCAGAGGCAGACUGAAACUAUACAUUGGCUUUCCUGGAUCUCCAGCUUGCUGCCUGCAGAUCUUGGGAAUUCUCGGCCUCUGUAUUCAUGUCAGCCAAUUCUUUACAAGAAAUCUCUCUGUCCAUAUAUUCUAUUGGUUCUGUUUUCUGGAGAACCAUGACUGAUACAUAGGUGCUGUGGCCUUUCUAAAGGGGACAUCUAGACAAUGCAGGUAGAGGAGGGAGCUAGGGUAAUAAAUGCCUAGAUCUCAUUCUUCUCCCUGGUGCCUGUAAUUGGCUGAACUCACCUGGAGAUUAUAGGCCAAGAGAGCCAGUUGAUGUAGCUUUUGAAGAAGCUGGGACAUACCCUAGGAUAGAGAAGAAUGAAAAGUGGAUCUAGAGGGUACAAAUGGAACCUUUCCAGAUAAUUAGGUUUUAUAACAACUAUUGUUAUCACUUUCUUAUAUUCUUUCAGAGAUAUGCUAUGCAUACAUAAGGAUAUAUGGAGAUCUUCAUAGUAUUCGUGAUAUUUCAGACUCUUCCAAUAUCACUUUCAUGGCUGCAUAACAUUAAAGAACCUUUUGUUAUUAAACAGUCUUACAUAGAAUAGAUGUAACAGUUAUAUAAUACAAAAAAAGUAAUGAAAGAAACACCUGUUUACCCCUUCAUCCUGUUGGAAUACUACCAAAGCUUCUCAGGGUUGCUGUGAGCACAUUCCCAAUUGCACUUUUUUUUCCACCAAGGGUAAUUGUUAUUUUAAAAAUUUUAAUUGCUCUUUUGAAAUAAUAAUUUCAUUAUCAUAUUUCUGCAUAAAUAUGUAUUCUCAAAGUAUUGUCAAAUUUUAUA